AUGAGCGCGGAGGCGGCGGACCGGGAGGCAGCCACCUCCAGCCGGCCCUGCACCCCGCCGCAGACCUGCUGGUUCGAGUUCCUGCUAGAGGAGUCGCUGCUGGAGAAACAUCUGCGCAAGCCCUGCCCGGAUCCUGCACCAGUUCAACUUAUUGUUCAGUUUUUGGAACAGGCUUCCAAACCUUCAGUAAAUGAACAAAACCAGGUGCAGCCUCCACCUGAUAACAAGAGAAAUCGUAUUUUAAAGCUACUUGCUCUUAAAGUUGCUGCACAUCUGAAGUGGGACUUAGACAUAUUAGAGAAAAGUUUGUCUGUUCCAGUAUUGAAUAUGCUGCUAAAUGAACUGCUGUGCAUCAGUAAAGUUCCUCCUGGGACAAAGCAUGUGGAUAUGGAUCUGGCCACUUUACCUCCGACCACUGCCAUGGCUAUCCUUCUCUACAAUAGAUGGGCAAUUAGGACAAUUGUUCAAAGCAGUUUUCCUGUCAAGCAAGCCAAACCUGGACCUCCUCAGUUAAGUGUCAUGAAUCAGAUGCAACAGGAGAAAGAACUAACAGAAAAUAUUUUGAAAGUACUAAAAGAGCAAGCUUCUGAUUCUAUUUUGGUACUAGAGGCAGCCCUUAAAUUAGACAAGGAUCUUUAUGUCCACACAAUGAGAACACUAGAUUUGUUGGCAAUGGAGCCAGGCAUGGUAAAUGGAGAAACUGAGAGUUCUACUGCUGGAUUGAAAAUCAGAACUGAGGAGAUGCAGUGCCAGGUGUGUUAUGAUUUGGGUGCAGCAUACUUCCAGCAAGGCUCUACAAAUGCAGCUGUUUAUGAAAAUGCCAGAGAAAAAUUUUUUAGAACCAAAGAACUAAUUACAGAGAUAGGUUCAUUAUCUCUUCAUUGUACCAUAGAUGAGAAGCGGUUAGCGGGCUAUUGUCAAGCGUGUGAUGUUCUUGUACCUUCUUCUGAUAGUACAUCUCAACAGUUGACACCAUAUAGUCAAGUCCAUAUUUGUUUGAGAUCUGGCAACUAUCAGGAUGUAGUGAAGAUUUUUAUUGAAGAUAACUUAACCUUCAGUUUACCUGUCCAGUUCCGGCAGUCAGUACUAAGGGAACUCUUUCAGAAAGCUCAACAGGGAAAUGAAGCUCUAGAUGAAAUCUGUUUUAAAGUCUGUGCCUGUAACACAGUCCGUGAUAUAUUGGAAGGUAGAACGAUUAGUGUUCAAUUUAACCAGCUAUUUAUUAGACCUAAUAAAGAGAAAAUAGACUUUCUUCUUGAGGUGUGUUCAAGAUCAAUAAAUUUAGAAAAAGCUUCAGAUUCUUUGAAAGGAAACAUGGCUGCUUUUCUAAAGAAUGUGUGUCUGGGGUUGGAAGAUCUGCAGUAUGUUUUCAUGAUUUCUUCACAUGAGCUUUUCAUUACAUUGUUGAAAGAUGAAGAACGAAAGCUACUUGUUGAUCAGAUGAGGAAGAGAUCCCCUAGAGUAAAUCUGUGCAUUAAACCUGUAACUUCAUUUUAUGAUAUCCCAGCCUCAGCAAGUGUCAACAUUGGCCAGUUGGAGCAUCAGCUGAUAUUGUCAGUGGAUCCCUGGAGGAUUCGACAGAUUUUAAUUGAAUUACAUGGUAUGACUUCAGAGCGCCAGUUCUGGACAGUGUCUAACAAGUGGGAAGUACCUUCUGUUUAUAGUGGGGUCAUCCUGGGAAUUAAAGACAAUUUAACAAGAGAUUUGGUUUACAUUCUGUUGGCCAAAGGUUUACACUGCAGUACUGUUAAGGACUUUUCCCACGCCAAACAGUUGUUUGCUGCUUGUUUGGAGUUGGUAACAGAGUUCUCGCCAAAACUCCGUCAGGUCAUGCUGAAUGAGAUGCUGCUUUUGGAUAUUCAUACGCAUGAAGCUGGAACAGGGCAAUCAGGAGAGAGACCUCCUUCUGAUCUUAUUAGUAGGGUGCGAGGAUAUCUGGAAAUGAGGCUUCCUGAUAUUCCUCUUCGUCAAGUUAUAGCUGAGGAAUGUGUUGCUUUUAUGUUAAACUGGAGGGAAAAUGAAUACCUUACACUGCAAGUUCCCGCAUUUCUGCUUCAGAGUAAUCCAUAUGUAAAGCUUGGACAGCUUUUAGCAGCUACAUGCAAAGAACUUCCAGGCCCUAAAGAAAGUAGACGGACUGCUAAAGACCUUUGGGAAGUUGUUGUUCAGAUCUGUAGUGUAUCCAGUCAACACAAACGAGGAAAUGAUGGCAGAGUUAGUUUAAUAAAGCAGAGGGAAUCUACAUUAGGUAUAAUGUAUCGGAGUGAACUACUUUCUUUUAUCAAAAAAUUACGGGAACCUUUGGUUUUGACUAUUAUUUUAUCACUCUUUGUGAAACUUCACAAUGUUCGGGAGGACAUUGUGAACGAUAUUACAGCUGAACACAUUUCUAUUUGGCCAUCCUCCAUCCCGAACCUCCAGUCAGUGGACUUCGAAGCUGUGGCAAUCACAGUGAAAGAGCUAGUUCGGUAUGCCCUCAGUAUAAGUCCAAACAACCAUUCCUGGUUAAUUAUUCAGGCAGACAUUUAUUUUGCAACAAACCAGUAUUCGGCAGCUCUUCACUAUUACCUACAGGCAGGAGCCGUGUGUUCUGAUUUCUUCAAUAAGGCUGUGCCUCCUGAUGUUUAUACAGACCAGGUAAUAAAACGAAUGAUAAAAUGCUGUUCUUUGCUGAAUUGCCACACACAGGUGGCAAUUUUAUGUCAGUUCCUCAGAGAAAUUGACUACAAAACAGCCUUUAAAUCAUUGCAGGAACAAAACAGUCAUGAUGCUAUGGACUCCUACUAUGACUACAUAUGGGACGUUACCAUUUUGGAAUACUUGACCUAUCUUCAUCAUAAAAGAGGAGAAACUGAUAAAAGACAAAUUGCGAUCAAAGCCAUCGGUCAGACAGAAUUGAACGCAAGCAACCCAGAAGAAGUGUUACAGCUGGCAGCGCAGAGAAGGAAAAAAAAGUUUCUCCAAGCAAUGGCAAAACUUUACUUUUAA